GCCGUCCCGCUCCCCGCCGCCAUGACCCAGCGCCCCGGAGCAGAGGAGCCGCCGGGCCGCCCGGCCUGUCCGGAGCACGGCCUGGACGUGUGCUGGUUCUGCUGCAGCGAGCGGCGGCCGGUGUGCGCCCAGUGCCCGGGCCAGGGCGGCUGCCGAGGCCACCGAGUGCGCCCGCUCGCCGAGGAAGCGGCCGAGCGGCGGAACCAAAUCGUGGACCACUGUGAAAGGGUUCAACUGCAGAGUGCUUCCAUCGCCAGAUUUGUGGCAGAGGUCCUGCCAGAAAAGAAACAGCACGUUGUGAGCACGGCCAGCAAAGCUCGAGAGGGCCUCAUCCGGCGCCUGAACUUCAUCAGGCAGGUAUGCGACAGCGAGGAGCAGCGGCUGCUGGAAGCGGCCCAGACCGAGGAGGAGCGGGCCCAGCAAAGCAUCCUGACCCAGGAGGUCCACUGGAGGGAGUCGCUGCAGAAACUGGAUGCCCUCCGGUCCUAUCUGGUGGCCGUGAUCACGGCCACCAACGACUGCAGCCUCGUGCAAGCGGAGGAGGAGAUCUCCCUGAGGACCGAGGAAGCCGAGGGGAUCCUGAUGCCCCGUGAAUCAAAGGAGUUGAGCUUCCAUUCAUGGUGCAUCCACAGUCCGCUGGCAAGACGGCUCUGGGCUUCGGCUGUUCUCUGCCGGGCCUCAGAUAACAUUCACAUUGAUGAGAAAACGAUUGGCCCUUUCUUGGCCCUCUCCAGCAACAGGAGGACAUUGACCUUCACCCCCAAGAUGGCCCGGAGAAUGGACCUGGAUGGCCCCUCUCACUUCGAUCAUUGGCCCAACGCCCUGGCUGAGGAAUCCUUCUGUGCAGGGAUCCACGCAUGGCGAGUCAACGUGAGUAAGAGCUGUGCAUUCAAACUCGGCAUCUCCUACAACUCACUGCAGCGUAAGGGGGCUGGCCCCGAAGCCCGCCUGGGCUACAAUCUCUCCUCCUGGAUCUUCUCCCGCUAUGAUAAUGAGUUCCAGUUCUCACACAACAGUCAGCACCUGAACAUGAAGCUGCUCAAGUGCCCUGCAGAAAUUGGGGUCCUGAUUGACUUGGACGAAGGCGAGCUUGUGUUUUAUGACCCCGAGUCCUGUGCUGUUCUCCACAUGCACCAAGAAACCUUUGCCGCCCCCAUCUACCCAGUCCUGGCCGUGGCCGAUCAAAGCAUUUCUCUGGUGUGAGAGCAACUCUGGGAAGGUGAGGGAAGGGAUCUGCGUUUUAAUGAACUGGCAUUAGGGUUCAGCUGUGGAUCUGUAACCCAGAAUGUGACUCCCACUCUAGGAUUGCUUAACAAAAAAGGCGACUUGCCUUACCAUAUCAUUAGCAAGGGAGGUACAUGCUGGCUUGCUCGGGGAAGAGAUGGGAUAGAAAGAUUCCAAGUAGAGAAACAUCAAGGAAUCUUUCACUAAUCAAUGACAGCUGCAAAUUUAGUCUGUAAACCAUGACCUGGAAUAGGCAAAAGGGCUCUGGAAUACUCCAAAUCAGUAAAGUUCUUCCACUCUA